AUGGAGACAGGAAGCCCGCGAAAGAUUCAGUUCACUGUCCCUCUCUUGGAUUCUCACCUGGACCCAGAGGCUGCUGAACAGAUCAGAAGACGACGGCCCACUCCUGCUACUCUGGUGGCCUCCAGUGACCAGUCCUCACCAGAAAUAGAUGAAGAUCGCCUCCCUAAUCAGUUAUAUAAGCAAGCCUUGCUGAACUCACCCAGACAAAGGAAGAAAGGAACGAAAGGAACACCCACCAUGAAAGAGCUGCAAUUCCUGGUGGAACACCACCUGUACAGGCAGCAGCAGGGUGGAGCAGCAGACGAAUGCUCCUCAGAGAGCUGCCUGUCGGACAGGCCCAGCCCUGACAACUUGCCUGCUGGAGAAGAGCUGCCUGACGACGAAGAGUCCUGGAGCACGGCGGACGCUGAAACCGCAGAGGCCUUCCAGAAACUCCGCUGCCAAAUGGAAGAGUUCUCAAGGGAGAGCUUAUUAGAGGCGACCGGGGGAGUGGAUCCACCUCCAUCAGCAGGAGAGGUGGGCUCUUCCACUGUUUCCCAGGCAACGCAAAAACAACACAUGCAUGCAGAUAAAACUCCCUGCUCUGGGAGUUCAGAAGCAGACGAGCAGAAGCUGAAAGACAGUACUGCGGAUAAAGAGAAGUAG